AUGGGAUUUUUGAGUGGUGUGCUUGAGGCGGUGAAAGAUGAUACAAAUCUCGAAAAAUACAAUACUGAAUUACCUAAAAUAAUGAAAAUAAUUAAACAAGCGCUAUAUAAUAGAAAAAAUUUUGAUAGUAGUAUUGCCGCCGUCAGUCGGGGGAUUAAGGCCUGGGUGAGGGGGGUGGAGGAGAGGCAUAGAAAGGUGGUGGAGCCGUUGGAAAGUUUGAAAAAGUACAUCGACUAUCAUGCUCUAAAUAAUAUGGAAGAUGAUGUUAUCAUUCAACAAUUAGAAAAUUGGCGUGGUUUUUCCACCCUGUAUCUCCAUGACGCCGCAGAAGCUGAGAAUGCGUUAGAUGAGAUAGACGAAAUCCUCCGCAAUAAACUGUUGUCGAAAAUACUGUUUGUAAAACAGAUUGCGCAUAAUUUCUGGGCCUCAAUGAAUAACGAUAUUUUCGUAAAAUAUGUCGAAGAGCUUAGCACUAAGUUUACGGAGGUCCCUGACCAAUUGAAUACGGAUAUCGACACCAAGAUACAGGAAAUACAAGUUACGUUAAAUGAUAAAUUUCUAAUCAUCGAGAAUGAUAUUACUAGCAUAAAAGAAAAGAAGUCUAACCAUAUGCAGUACAUCAGAAGUGCUGCAAUGCUGGCGCAGCAAUUCGCAAAGCAUUUACUUGGUGAAGCCUCUGAUGGUUUUAAUAAAAAAUAUAAGAAUGAUAUUAUAAGCAUGUUUGGCAAAAUAAAAAGGGAAAUUGGUACGUUCGCUAACGAAGGCUCUACGCUUUUGAUGCAAUUUGGAAUAGUCGACGAUAAGGUUGGCGGGCUGGAAGUAGAUCUACAGUACGGGUUAGUGGAGUUUAAAAAGCAAAUCGAGGAUCUUGAAGAAACAGUUAACAGCGACGCUCUCAAUAAUAGUAAUAUAGUGUGGAGUGAGUUACAGGCACUUGAAACUGCAUUGACUUCGCUUACCAAUGUUACUGGUCCCACAAAUGAAUCCGGCAAUUCGACAGAUAAUUUAGAGAGAAAGUUUGAGACUGAGAUCAAGAACAAGCUUAGUGAAUUAGUGAAAAACAUCGGAGCAGAAAUUGGCAGGCUCCACAAUGUGAUUGUAAGAGGAAAUGAGGUAGAUGAAGCAGAAACAGUAAACAGCAAAAUAGAACUAAUCUUAAAAGACAUAUCUGAAAAGGCUACACAGAUUCAUAAUACCGUUGGCGACAAUGGUCUCCAGCGUGUCGCUCGGGCACUCGAGAUGUACGCUCAAACAUUCAAUCACAAAUUCGAGGGGGCGCUUCAGCAAAUGGUACAAGAUAUGGUGGACAGGAACAUGGCGCUUAAUGGGUACAUUGAUCAGUAUGUUGCGAAUAAUCCAACAGAACGUAAGCUGCGCCAGUUCGACGUUAAAAUGCAUAUUAACCGUUAUUUCAGAAACUAUGUGACCACACUGUUUAAAAGUGCACCUCAGCCACUAACGAUUUCAUAUACUCAGGGCCUUAGUGACCUCGUCGUGUUGUUAGAAAAUUUCGGUAACUAUGUUGAGACUCAUCUCACGACUAGCGAAAGUGUUGAGAAGACAGUUGAAUAUGCGCUGGAGUAUAUGGAGGGUAAUAAUGCGCUAAACAUUGUCAAUAAAAACUCUCCUUAUAACAACGUAAAUCUUAAAGUUGCAGUCAAGACAAUUGUAACAGCAGUGCACUCGGCUGCUAGAAUCGCAGUUACGGAAAUCAGAAAUUUGAUCACAUCAUCGAAUAUCAGUCAAUACACCAGCGUGUCAGCGAUUGCAAAAACGCUUGAUGAAAGACUUAAGAAUGCACUAAAAGAUAAUGUCGCACAAGGCCAGAAAAACGCAGCCGGAAAAGUCGACGAAGCGAUUGAAAAGGUGAGUAACAUGGUCAACGAACUGCACCAAACAUUCAAAUCUAGCGUCAAAGAUAAACUGGGUGAGGCCGUUGACGCUUUCCAUCGAGGCGCCGCCUUGCAGAUUCAGGAAGCCGCCAAAACAGCCAUUGGUGCAGCUGUUGAUAAGUUUGGCAGAAAUGGCAUCAUAGUGAAAGAUUUGUUGAAGCAGUUUCAUACAUCCGAACAGGCUUUGCGAUUCGCCGUACAUGAGAUUCAGGAAGAACUUAAAAAACUGAAAUUAUUGCCAACCGCAGUGAGGCAAAUUGGCGAUAGUGCAUCUCACACCAUGGAUACUUUAAAACGCAAGAUUCAAGAGAUUUCGGAAAAAAUUAACAUUAUUCUCCCUAAAGUGGAAGCUGCCGAUAAGGCCUUCAAUAGCGCCAUCUCGCAACUUGAAAAGUCUCAGAAAGAUGCCAGAGAUACUGCUAACAUGAUACUUCAAGAAGCAAAAAUUGAUUUGCAAAUGAGGGUUCGACGCUCAUUUACUCUGCUGGAAGAAAAUGUUCAGAUAAUGUUUAAUGCGCAAAAGAAAGCCGAGUUAAAGGCUUUACAAAACAGCAUUGCAACGUAUAUCCCCCAAAUCCAAGCCAUCAUCACCGCCGACUCCGCGUCCGGCCUCAAGGGACUGAUGAACAAGCUGAGUGACACGUUUAAAAAAGAGACUUUACAAAAUAUGUCCCAUCUCGAUUUAAAAAUAUCGGCCGACAGAUUUGAUAAGUUUUUUACUAAAUUCUUUGUUGACUUAAAAUCCCAACCCGACCUCUCCCCUGACCGUCUCACCCCCCUCGCCGACGCCCUCUCCUCCCUCCUGUCCACAAUGCACGACCAACGCCACUUCCACGCCGACGUCUCCCGCAAGCUCGCCGACCUCCAAACGCAGCUCGACCGCCUCACCCCCUCCGAAUUCGCCGAGGCCUCCCCGCUGCUCAACGUCGUCAAGGCCGGCGUCCGGGCGUUCCACGGGGAGCUCGCGAAGCAGUACGUCAGCAGGUACUCGGGGGAGAGGUUCACUGAUGAGGUGGUUAAAGAUAAGCGGUCAUCUGAGACUAAAACAGUUAAAUCUCCCGCAAAAGCCGGUGACGAGACUGAAAUAACCGAGUACGGGAGGAAGUGCGCGAAGGUGUUCCUUACCUCCCUGGCGACACUGAGUAAUGACUUUAAAGUGCUUACCGAGAAAUGCAAUAAUGGAAGGGAGUGGAGUACGGAGCAAAUUAAUUUGUAUACCGAUAUCGGAAAAUUCUUUGGUCAACGGGGAUAUAAUGUUUCCACUGAAAGAGACAGCCAUGACGGUACCUUGCGCAAUAAGACCGAAUGCCAAGGCGCAAAUAUUAAGGGUUUCCUGACGCAAAUGUUAAAUACAGCAGCCAUCAAUAAACUGACGGACUGUCUGCGCAGCUAUUACUACGUUUGCCAUGUCAGGCUUACGCCACCGAAAACUCCUACAACAGUUUUCGCGAUGCUUAAGUGGUGUGCUGGUUUGCGGUACAACGCGAUGCUAAGCAAAGUCGAAGAUUACACUAAAACGUUGUUCUCGAAACCUAAGAAGUAUGAGGAUCGCGAUUAUAAA